AUCAAUAGGUUAUUGCGAUUUAAUUCAAGAGCAUUCUUUCCUAUAUAUAUUUAAGGCAUUUAAUGCAAUAUUUAUUAUUUCUGAAAUAGUUAUUUUAAAGUUUUUCAGAAAAAGAUUAAAAAAAUGAAACUUCUAGUCGUAUUAUCCGCCUUUAUAGUGGUCAUCAACGCCACUCUGCAUCACGAAUCUUGGUCCAAUUUUAAGCUCACUCACUCCAAAAGUUAUCAAAACAUCAGGGAAGAACAUUUGCGCUUCAACAUCUUCAAAAAUAAUUUGAAAAAAAUUGAAGAGCAUAAUGCUAAAUAUGAAAAGGGCGAAGUAUCUUAUUACUUGGCCGUUAAUCACUUUGCUGACAUGACAUCAGAAGAAUUUAUGGCAAUGUUAAAUAAACAAAUUUCCAACAGACCGCAUUUAAAUAGUACCCUGUAUGAACCAGGAAACGUAGAAGUUGACGAGGAAAAAGAUUGGAGAGACAACGCUGUAUUAGCAGUUAAAGAUCAAGGACAAUGUGGAAGCUGUUGGGCAUUUAGUACAACUGGAGCUUUGGAAGGUCAAUUAGCUAUCAAAAAACACACAAAAAUUCCACUUAGUGAACAAGAACUAGUAGAUUGUUCCACAAUGAAUGGUGGUUGCAAAGGAGGUUAUAUGAUAACGGCCUUCAUUUACGUAUACGAAAACGGCCUUAGCUCAGAAACUGCAUACAAAUAUACAGCCCAGAAGGAUACCUGCAAGAAGGUUGAUAAAGUUCUUAAUACGAUUUCUGGUAUUCGAUUAGUAGCUGAUAAUGAAAAGGCCCUUAAAACAGCUGUUGGUAGUGUAGGUCCGAUAUCAGUUGCAGUAUUGGCCAACACAGAGUGGCAACAUUAUGGUGGUGGAGUUUUUGAUCAUGAUCUAUGUUUUCCAAGUGAGUCUAAUCCCCUCAACCAUGGAGUUCUUGCUGUUGGUUAUGGUACCGAUGAAAAAGAUUAUUGGAUCAUUAAAAACUCGUGGGGUACCAGUUGGGGAGAAGACGGAUACAUGAGACUAGUUCGCGGUACAAAUCAAUGUGGAGUUUCAGACGAUGCUUCUUUUCCAAAAUUGUAAAUGUUUUUAUCUAAACAAGAUAUAAAAUUAUAGUUAAUAGUAUUUUAAUUAAAAAAUUAUUGUUUCAAUAAAACCAAUAAAUAAUAGUACAUUACGUAACAAGAAUUAUAGAUAAUCGAUUACGCACGAAGAGAAAACGUUUACGCACAAUUCCGCGCAGUGGCGAGUUCGUAAAUUUCACGAGUGCGUAAUGGGCUUACAACUCGUGUAGCGUACUAUACUUUUUGUACGUCCACUUAUUUUCUUCUAUUAAAUAAAGGACAUAUUUGCUUGUGUCGCCAUUCCAUAAAUCUUCAAUAGGUUAUUUCGUACCUUUCUUAGGAUUUAGCGGUAACAAAUUACAUGUGGCAGCUUGAGCUUUUUCUAAAAUCUCCGGUGGAGUUCUCAUAAUUUCAUCACUUUUACUACUAACAGACAUAUUCGUAGGUAAAGUUGAGAAACUGUUCGAAUACAAUAAUUAUUUGUUUCAAAAAAUGACAAUAUAAAUGGUAGAACCAAAGAAUACCUACAUAAGCGAAACUAAAUGGGCGAGGUGGUUUAACGUCAAAUAUAGCUGUCAAUUUAUGUAGAGCAACGUUUGGUAUAUUAUUAUUAGCGUUUUGUGAAAAUUGCAGUAUAGUUAAGUAGUUGUAAGUAGUAAUUA